AUGACCGAGGUUUCGUCGACCCGCCUCUAUCUGGGCAACCUGCCCCGUAAUGCCACCAAGGCCGAUGUCGAGGCGCACUUUGCCACCCAUGGCACCGGUGAAAUUACCGAGAUCAAGCUCAUGAACGGGUUUGGUUUCAUCGAGUAUAAGGAUGCGAUGGAUGCCCGUGAUGUGGUUCCCGAUGGAUCUGACUUUAUGGGUGAACGCCUUACCGUCCAGUUCGCGCGCGGCUCCCGCCAUCGAGAACAGCCCGGUGGUGGUGGUGGUGGCGGCGGCGGCGGAUACGCCCACGAUCGCACCAGCGCCCCCCGGCCGCGCCGUACACCGCAUCGCAUGCAAAUUACUGGACUCCCUAAUGAUACCAGCUGGCAGGACCUGAAAGACUUCGCUCGCCAAUCUGGCCUUGACGUCGUCUACUCCGAGACGAACCGCAACGGUAGCAACGAGGGGUUUGUCGAAUUCGAGACGGCUGCCGACCUCCGGACCGCCGUCGAGAAGCUGGACGGCCGCGACUUUAAGAAUGCGCGUGUCACCUGCGUUCCCAAUACUCAGCCCGACAUCCCUAGAGGGGACCGGGCGCGUUCGCGGUCUCCGCGCCGCCCGUAUCCUCCCCCGGUGGAUGACUACGAUCGGCGUGGGCCCCCGCGUGGGUACAGCCCUCGGCGUGAUGGGUACCGGGAAGGAGGAGCGUACCGUGAGCGCACCCCUCCCCCUCGUAGGGACUAUUAUGAUGACAGGAGGGGAGGCUAUCGUUCGCCCCCGCGUCGCGGACCGCCCAUGGACGACUACCCGCGCGGCCGAUACGACGACCCCUACCGGGGCGGUGGACCCCGCGACUACCCUCCUCCGGACCCGUACAUGAACGGGCGCGGCUACCACGACCGCCGGGGCCCGCCUCCGCCGGACUUCCCCCCGCGCGACCCAUAUGCGAGGGAACCCUACCCGCCUCCCCGGGACUACGAGCGUCGGUACUAA